UGCAGGCCGAGCUCAGCCGAGGGGACCCGAGAGGGGCCGAGGCCCGAGCUGUAGCGGUACUGAUCAGAGGCGUACAGACGCGCCCCACCCGGUAUCAGGCGGAGCCAGAGAUGCUGGCCAGGGCCGAGCGGCCCCGCCCGGGCCCCCGGCCGCCUCCGGUCUCGCCCUUCCCUCCGCCACCGUCUCUACUGCUGCUGCUGGCGAUGCUGAGCGCCCCGGUGUGCGGCCGCGUGCCCCGCUCCGUGCCCAGAACGUCGCUGCCCAUCUCUGAGGCUGACUCCUACGUCACCCGGUUUGCUGCCCCUCACACAUACAACUAUUCUGUUCUCCUCGUGGACCCUGCUUCUCACACACUUUACGUCGGUGCUCGGGACAGCAUCUUCGCUUUAACCCUGCCCUUCUCAGGGGAAAGACCUCGCAGGAUUGACUGGACGGUGCCCGAGGCUCACAGACAGAACUGCAGGAAGAAAGGCAAGAAAGAGGACGAAUGCCACAAUUUUAUCCAGAUCCUCGCCAUCGCCAAUGCCUCUCACCUCUUCACUUGUGGCACCUUCGCUUUCGACCCGAAGUGCGGGGUUAUUGAUGUGUCCAGUUUCCAGCAGGUUGAAAGACUUGAGAGUGGCCGGGGGAAAUGUCCUUUUGAGCCAGCUCAACGGUCAGCAGCUGUAAUGGCUGGGGGCGUCCUCUACACCGCCACUGUGAAAAACUUCCUGGGGACGGAACCGAUUAUCUCCCGAGCUGUGGGUCGCGCUGAGGACUGGAUUCGAACAGAGACCUUGUCAUCCUGGCUUAAUGCCCCAGCCUUUGUCUCGGCGAUGGUCCUGACCCCGGCUGAGUGGGGCGAUGAAGAGGGAGAUGACGAAAUCUUCUUCUUCUUCACGGAGACCUCCCGAGUGUUGAACUCAUAUGAGCGCAUCAAGGUCCCACGGGUGGCCCGAGUGUGUGCGGGGGACCUUGGGGGCCGGAAGACCCUUCAACAGAGAUGGACAACAUUUCUAAAGGCUGACCUGCUGUGUCCAGGGCCUGAGCGUGGGCAGGCCUCUGGGGUCCUGCAGGACAUGACCGAGCUUCGACCUCAGCUUAGAGCGGGCACGCCUGUCUUUUAUGGCAUCUUUUCCUCUCAGUGGGAAGGAGCUGCCAUCUGUGCUGUGUGCGCCUUCCGACCCCAGGACAUCCGGGCCGUGCUGAAUGGUCCCUUCAGAGACCUGAAGCAUGACUGCAACAGGGGACUGCCUGUCAUGGACAACGAGGUGCCCCAGCCCAGACCUGGAGAGUGUAUCACCAACAACAUGAAGCUCCAGCAGUUUGGAUCCUCACUCGCCCUGCCUGACCGCGUCCUCACCUUCAUCCGAGACCACCCGCUCAUGGACAGGCCCGUGUUCCCAGCCGAUGGCCGCCCCCUGCUGGUCACCACAGACACAGCGUAUCUCAGAGUUGUGGCCCACAGGGUGACCAGCCUCUCAGGGAAAGAAUAUGAUGUGCUCUACCUGGGGACAGAGGAUGGACACAUCCACCGGGCCGUGCGCAUCGGAGCUCAGCUCAGCAUCCUGGAAGAUCUGGCCUUGUUCCCAGAGCCACAGCCGGUUGAGAGCAUGAAACUGUACCAUGGUUGGCUCCUGGUGGGCUCCCAUACCGAGGUGACACAAGUAAACACCAGUGACUGUGGACGUCUCCAGAGCUGCUCCGAGUGCAUCCUGGCCCGGGACCCUGUGUGCGCCUGGAGCUUCCGGCUUGAUGCUUGUGUGGCCCAUGCAGGGGAGCGCCGUGGGAUGGUCCAAGACAUAGAGUCAGCGGAUGUCUCCUCUUUGUGUCCGAAAGAGCCCGGAGAACGCCCGGUAGUGUUUGAAGUUCCAGUGACUACCAAGGGCCAUGUGGUCCUGCCAUGUUCCCCCAGCUCCGCGUGGGCAUCCUGUGUAUGGCAUCAGCCCAGCGGAGUGACUGCACUCGCCCCCCGAAGAGAUGGGCUAGAGGUGGUGGUGACCCCUGGGGCCAUGGGUGCCUAUGCUUGCGAAUGUCAGGAGGGCGGAGCAGCCCGUGUGGUGGCUGCUUACAGCUUGGUGUGGGGCAGCCAGCAGGGGCCCUCAAACCGGGUCCAUGCUGUGGUGGGGGCUGGGCUGGUUGGCUUUUUCCUGGGGGUUCUGGCAGCAUCCCUUACUCUCCUCCUGAUUGGUCGCCGUCAGCAGCGUCGGCGGCAGAGGGAGCUUCUGGCUAGAGACAAGGUGGGCUUAGACCUGGGGGCUCCACCUUCUGGGACCACAAGCUAUAGCCAGGACCCGCCCUCCCCUUCUCCUGAAGACGAGCGGCUGCCCCUGGCCCUGGCCAAGAGGGGCAGUGGUUUUGGUGGUUUCCCCCCGCCCUUCCUGCUAGACUCCUGCUCAAGCCCAGCCCACAUCCGGCUCACUGGGGCUCCUCUGGCCACCUGUGAUGAGACGUCCAUCUAGAGUCAGGAAAAUGACUGCCAGCCCAUGAGCAGUUCCUGCAACUAGCAACUGCCAAGACCAGGGUUACUGGGCCUGGGAGAUGACCACGGCUGCUCCGUUCUCUUGGAGUCUGUGUGAUCACCUGGAGGUCAGUGUCUGCCCUCAGGACCUGGAUAAGCCGAGGGCCGGACCUUUGCCCGAUUCCUGCGAGAGGUCAAUCCCUGUGACCCUUCUGCCGUGGCCCUCGAGAUCUUGGGUCCUUUAGUUGUGGGAAGGAGCAAGGGCAUAGCUCUGACUUGCUUUGUGGCGGGCCCUGGACAGAAGGGAGCAC